GAAAAGCCUUCUUUUAAGCUGGUUGACAGUGCGUCCUAGUGGAAAGCUAGAGGAGAUUUUCUAGAGGUCCGAUCGUGGGCAGUUGAGCAACACUGUAUUCAGAAAAGAACAACAGGCAGUAAGAAUGGAAACCCUUGCUUUCACAAUGAUCCACAGGCUUGAUUCUCGGAGCAAUGAGCAAAUCAUACCAGUGCAGAGGGCUUAAUAGUAACUUUGUGUCCCUUCUAAAGAGAUGUUCAUAUUCAUCUGUGAUCCUUUCACAUCCUUCUCACAGAUCAUUUUUUUUGUUAUACAUCCAGUAUUGUGGGCGGUGAAAGUGUCUCAUGUUGUAUGCAGAUUGAAGUGAACUUUCUACAGAGUCCAGAGAUGUCGAUGUAACUAUACCUGUUUGCUAUUAUCACAUCUUACCUGAUGAUAUUAUUCCUUAUAUGUAGGAAAAGAAAAACUAAGAGACACUUCUAUUUAUCUAGUACCAAGCUGGCCAGGGGGGAUUGCCUAAGGAGCCCCUUGUUUCUUCCCAGCUUCCAAUAAACCUUCUGGAUGCACAUAAUCCAGUGUGGACUUCAUUCAAAAGUUCCAUAAGUUUAUCUUUCAAGGCGUGCUUGCAGCAAAUUCAGGAACUGCAAGUGAAAUUCCUUCGGUUGAGGGGAGGGUGGGAUCACAGCUAGAAAUGGCUGUUCGUUCAUAAGAGGGAAGACAGGAACCCUGAGCUCAGAUUCUUCUCCCAGAAGUUGAAUUCAGAAUGGAUUGGAAGCUGAAGCUAUCGAAGAGCGUGCCUAGGCUGAAGAACUCGCCUACGAGUCCGACUAAAGCUCAGCUGUGUGACAGACAGACAUUACAAAAAUAUGGCCAAGUUGCGGCGGCCAAUUAUACCGAGACGAGACGAGACGAGACGAGAUCCAAGAAUGUUAAAGCCCUGUGCGCUCUACCUAGCAAGCAUCUCUCGUAUCACUCUGUCCCAGACCUUCCCUCCAUUCUUCUCAACCGCCGAUCGAUGCCGACCGACCCGCAUGCCGCCGUUUCACCGUCAACGGCAGCGGCAAGGAACAGCAGCAGUAGCAGCAGCAGCAAGAUGCAGAAGCUGCUGAAGUCGGCCUUCAAGCGCGGCGAGUCGCCGAGCGCUGCCAUGGGGGAGGAGACGGCGGAGCUCAGCCCAUCGGCGCCUGGGCGGACGCCGUCGGGGAGGCGGGUCGGGCGGCUGCGGAGCAACGACGCCGGCGACCGGUCGAGCCGCGAGAGCGUUGAACUGGAUGGAUCCAACAAGGAGGUGGCGGCGCAGCUGCGUGAGGCGAAGAUCCAGCCGGCGUACGAGGCGUUCCCGUUCGAGGAGAAGAUGAAGUCGCCGCUGCUGCCCGUGCCUUCCUCAAGCCGGUUCCUGUCCCUGCUACUGCUGCCACGUGCCACGGACGGGUCCCACACCCGGUACAGGUCCCUGGAGGACACGCUGGCCCGGGCGGACGCGUGGCUGUCCUCGUCCCGCGCGUCCGGGGUGCCCAUCCGUCUGGCCAGCGUGCAGACGGAGGCGCUCCUGACCAAGAUCUCCGGCGAGUCCACGGCCGCCACCACCGUGUCCGACCUGGGCGCCCACAUGUCCAACGCCAGCCUCUACGGCUUCGAGGACUACCACGGCGUCGACAUCGGCGUCGUCCGCGCCGUCCGCCUCUGGUACGCGCCGGAAUCGCCGGAGCCGGAGCCGUCGGAGAUCGCGGUGGAGAUUGGGCUGCGGCAGGGGGACACGAGGCUGGGGUUCGCAAUCAGCAGGACGGAGGAAGGGUUCAUCCACGUGUCGUCGGUGGCGGAGGCUAGCACGCCGGGGGUGGCGUCCGCGAGGUCGGGGCUGCUGGAGCUGCACGCGGCGGCGAGGCGGGCGGCGAGGCUGCUGGUGGUGUCGAGGGUCGGCGGGGAGAAGGUGCUGCCGUGGAUGGUGUCCACGGCCGGGGACGUCAGGUGCUACGACACCGUGUCGCUCAGCCAGAAGCUCUCGCUGCACCGCCACGCGCUCAGGCCCAUCACGCUGCACUUCCUCGGCUGGGACCGGAGCCUGCAGGAUGACCACCACGGCGGCGGCUGCGGCGGCGGCCAGAUUGCCAGCCCGCCCGUGCUCAUGCUCAUGCCCCCGCCGCCGCCUUCGCCGCAGGAAGAUGAGGACGAUGUGGAUGGGUCGGGCGGCAAGCACGGCUCCUCGUUUACCUUCCAGAACAUCGGCCUCCCGGAUAGCUGGCUCUGAUAUCAAAUGCGUAUCUUUUCUUGUUAUUUAGCUUUUGUCUCUGCUCAGAGAUGAUCCUCAAGAACGAAAGCUGCUACUGGAAGCUACUAAUCGUACAUCUGUGAUGAACGUUUCUUUUUC